AUGAUGCCAAGCACCCUUGAGAUGUUGACUGUCUUCUUGUGGUGUUGUUACUGUGUAGUGGCCGCGCAGGUCUCUUCUUUCUCCAACUUCUCAGUGGACAACGAGGUGCGAUCCAGCUUUAUCCAGCGGCGGCUGCGGAGUCAGGAGCGCAGAGAGAUGCAGCGGGAGAUCCUCUCCAUCCUGGGGCUGCCGCACCGUCCGCGGCCGCAUGUCCACACCAAACACAACGCAGCGCCGAUGUUCAUGCUGGACUUGUAUAAUACAAUCUCCACGGAUGCACAGCCGCCCGGAUACUCAUACCACAGCCCCAAUUUACCCACCCAGGUGUCCCCCAUGGUGACCCCGCAAGACAGCCGCCUCCUGGAUGACGCAGACACGGUGAUGAGCUUUACCAACCUCGGUAAGUUUAGUCUGACCCAAAAGUAGAUUUUCCCAGGUUAUUGCUCAUUUAAACAAUUACAAUUAGUGUUUUUUUUUCUUUUAAAGUGUUUUCUAUUCUAUUUUAUAUGUUGAAAAAGGUCCUUAAUAAUGCCUCUGGUAGGAAUACAGCCUAAUACUGAACUGAUUUUAAGUACUCUCUGAUAUUCCCCCAUCCACCUAAUGUUACAAACACUCACUUUGAUACCAAGUUGUUCACAAUUCAAAAGAUUUACUCUCCUAGUUUGAAUCCUUUAUUCACAAGCUUCAACAAAAAUCUGUUCACAGUAGCCUACAUGUCAUGUUGUCCAUGAGGGAGUUUCUGUCUCCUGAUUAAAUCAACUUCAGAAUUGAGGUUUUAAAUGCUUCCAUUUUGUCAUCAAACUCUGUAAUGCUCCCAUGACAAAAGAGGUCAUUACUUAAAAGUGUGUGCAACUGUGUGCGUAUGUAUGUGACAUUGAGGCUUUUGGGUCACUUUCUUCCAUUGAAAUUGCAGCAUUAUGCAUACCAAGCUGCAAAUGUUAUGACAACAUGCCUGUAUCCUAUUUCCCCACAAUCCCUUCAAAGCUGUGGGGGAGCAGCUUUAGCGUGGCUUUGUUUCACAUGACUAAGAAUUGAACAACAUUUCGAAAAACCCGAGCGAGUGAGGACCAGGUUAACUGAAAUCCAAAUAUCUGAAAAUGAGUCUGUAGUAAUCUCUGCAGGUGUAAGUAAGUGAGUGUGGUAUUCCUGUGUUUUUGGGGUCUGUUUGUGUGUUUGUUUGGGGAGCGUAAAUCACAGGGGUCACAAGUGGGAGUCAGGGAUUACGCAGACAUUAUUAGAUUUAUAGAAGGCAAAUCCUGCCUUUGUUUCCUUUGGAGAUCCUUCGGCAUCCUUCUCACUGCAGUGAAAUGGCAAAUGCAAUGGUAGCCUGGUGUUUAUUUGGAUGUGGUUGCAUCCCCAACUGACUGUCAUCUUUUUGUUGAAAGAAGGGUUAUGCGGAUCAAAGUGAAGAGUGUGCUCAUAUGAAAUAGCUCUUCAAAAAAACCUUCCUCUUUGUGUGAGAAUGAACUCAAACCUCAUAGCAUAAAAUCAUUUGGACUCAUUUCUUCUCAGCCAGUAAACAGGUAGCCAAUUCAAAACAUAUGGGGGUUUCAAUUUAAAAAAAGUAACAUAACGUUUGUGUACUAAAUCCCAGAUUUCUUCUGUAAGUUUUUAGCUAAUGAUCUCUGGAAACACUGCUCUGAAAACUGUUAGCAGACUUCUGUGGUUCAUCGUCACAAGUAUUUGAUUAUAAAGAGGAAGAAGGAAAAUAAAAGACACAAAGAGUGUGUAUUAUUUUUACUAAAGCCCAUAACAGCCUUCUGUGCUGAUGAUUGGCAGAGUUUUAAGCCGAGGUUCAUACUUGGAACUGGAGUGACUUUCCUGGUGGUCCCUGGAUGAUCGCUUCAAGACCAAACUGGAUUAUGGUAUUUCCCUUCCAGGGACCACAGCUUCCAGUGUGAGGGAGCGCUGCUCUGAAGCUGCAUAUAAACCUCUCCCAGUGCAGCCAACUCUACGCUGCAGGUGGACUGUGAUGUGAAUAGCACUUCACUGUUGUUCUUAAUGAAUUAGCCCAUUUCUUUAAGUGAAAUACAUGCAGGAGUUUAAGAAUUAAAGGUAACAAUGUUUACUCUUGAUUUCACCCAGUUUUCUAGAGCCUGUUUAUUCACACUGAGCACUCUUUAGUGAACACAUCACUGUAAACAGGCCAAAACAUUUACACAGCUGUACAGUUUUUCUGUAAGAAACCGUCAUUUGUAUUGCAUUUAUCACAUUUUCAUGCACCAUCAAUCAAAACAGCUGCUAAUUCACUGUUAUAAGUUUCUUUUUUCUAGCAGACGACAAAGAAAUAGAAGAGAUCUCAUGCAGAGAGGUGGAUCACUCUGUCUUAUUUCUGGUACUUAGUCUUCCCUUCAGUUUACUGCUGCUAAAAUCUUGGCUUGAGCCACAUCAACAUGUGCUAAGUAUGUUUUCUUUUAAAUGCACUGGCCACAGCACACCUGCAGAUCAGACUUAAUGAACAGAAAUGUCACCAGGUUUUGUCCUUAUAGAGAAAGCACAAAAUGCCCUCUUAAAAAAUGGAGGGAUGAUGUUACUAGAAAAGAAGAAAUAAGAGUAUGAGAUGAACUGAUGAACUGUGUUUUUGAGAAUAAACAGGAUGAAGUAAAGGUAUCCUACCAAGAGGCAGAGGAUGAUUAUGCUAAGAACUUGACAGACAGAAAUAUUCAUCAGGCCUCUCAGUUUUAUUCACUCAUUUGCAAUGUAAACCUUUUAUUGUUAGUCCAGUCUGGUAAGUAGCUGUUUGAUGGAUUCACUUGAUGGGACACUUUAAAUCCACUGUUGUGCAAAGUACUGGUGAGUGUUUGGAGUGUUACAAACUUAUUUUUAUCAAAGCAGACACAGCUGACUAUUUAAGAGCAGAUGUGUAAUAUUUGUUUGGUUUUAUAACCUUCGUAAAAGAGAACAGCUGAGCAGUUGGACUUGAGAAAUUUGUGGAUUACGAGACACGGCUAUAUUCAACUUAGUUACAGAAAAAGUAGAAAAUAAAUCACUGAUUUGUAAAAUAACUUUAAAAAUCCGUCUUUUAAUUCACUUUUUAAAUUUUGCAAACACUGAGCUGCAUCCUGAACUUCACAUGCUGACUAAAAAAGUGGUUAGCCUCCUGUAAAUGUGCUAUAGGUUAAUGAUAGCUCUGUGGUUGUGUGGCCCUGCAGCAUGAGGAGUAAUCUGAAGUGUUGAAGUGCCUCCCAGAGUGAAGUUUGCAUAUCUGAGGUCUGAUCUCUGCAGCUAAUGGUCCCUAACCUAAACACACAAAGCCCUUACAAGCAAUUAUUGCUUUCAAAAAACACCCCUCGUUCCCUUCCAGCAUUUAAUUGCGGUCAAACAAAUGACUCGCAUAGUCCAGAAUGCACUGCUCUUAACGACCAGCGGCUCGUGUGUGUUUCUGUGUCGUUAUAAAUGUUUUGAGAAGACUGUGAGUCAGUGUGUGUGUGUGCGUGUGUGUUCAGCUCUGUUUUUAACAUUGGUUGCCAGCGCAUUGAAACGAUAGCAGACCAUCAGUAGGAAUGAAGUGUGAUGUCAUACUGAUGUCAUGGCGUAUAAUAGUGAACAGGAUGUGUUUAAGGUGGCUAAUCGCUUCCUCUUGCUCUGCACACCUUCAGCAGAAACCUCUAUUGCUUUCUUUCAAGGACAAACACGUUGACUGACGCUGUGAAAACACAAGACUGGAAAGCUUCAGGAAGCUUCGGGGUCUCUGUGACCACCGCUUCUCUGGAAACUCUGAGUGUUGGAGAGUUUUAGCUGGCUCGGGCAAGUCGGAAACCCCUCUGUGCCAUCAGGAUACUACUGCUUUAUUCCAUUUUCUGCAUCAGUAUGAAAUCAGCGGAUGGUGCAGCAUGGCAAAAUGAUCAGGGAGGUGUGGGUGGUACAGGCUGGUAGUUUUGUGUGUUUCUUUAUACUUUAUGUGAGUGUGUUUAUAAAAGCACUCUGGCUGCUGUGGUUUUCCGGGCAAUGCCUUAAUGGGCCUUUUCUUGUGGUCAGCACAUGUGUGUAAUUUAAACAUAGAGCCAAACUCAGUGUUUUUUCUACCCCCACAUUGGCACAUAUUGCAGACUUGCCUUAAGUGAUGUUUAAAUCAGUCACUUCACUUGCGGGAGUAAAAUUUUUUCUAUUUUUGACCCGUGCCUCUGAGAUGUGGGUGGAGUGACGUGCAUCAGAAGGUAGUUUGAUUUGACAGAUCUGUAACCACUGACUGUUUUUUUUUCCAUUGGAUUGGGCAAACAGUAGUUUGUAUUUCCUCAACUGUAAAAACUUCAGUUUUGUGUGAUUGAAGUAUUAUUUUGAUUUGUCCGACAGCAGAUGGCAAUUUGCAUAAUAUAUAUAUCAUUGUUUAAGCACAGAAAUUCAUUCAUCUUCUUUCUCUCCUCCUUUAGUGGAUCAGGAUCAGGAGAUUUUUCUCAACCAGCACAGCAGAGAAUUCCGGUUUGAUCUUUCCCGCAUCCCAGAGGGAGAGGCAGUCACAGCAGCAGAGUUCAGGAUUUAUAAAGACUUCAUCCAGGAGCGCUAUGAGAAUGAGACGUUUAAAGUCAGUGUCUACCAGGUGCUGCAGGGACCUCCAGACAGGUAAAUUAUUUUUUUUCUAUUCUCAGUUUUUAUUUUAAAUCCUUUAUGUAGUGACGUAUGCCCAUCUUAAGUGCUAUAAAGCAUGCAUUGUUCAGGAUUAGUUCUGUUUUUCUGCAUUGGGGCCAUAUUAGAUACUUGUCAGGUGUAAGUUUAUCACCAACAAAGGGGCUAAGCUAACUCACAAGUUAGCUUAGCCCCUUUGUUGAGAAACCUUCUAAAGAACCAGCAUUAUAUCUAGGCUAUCAACAAUGCAGAAGGGCCAUUUUAACCAUUUAUUUUUGCCAAUUUAAGACAACCAAAGCAAACACUAAAGCCAAGUGAAGUUCAUGCUCUGGUUUUUCAGUGCUUUGCUUCAAUGUCCCAAAAGCCCAUUUGUAUCUUGCACUAUUUGUGGAGACUAACUGUUCCCCCGCAUGCAUCAAUCUGAGUCCACUGUGUGCUUUGAUAAGGUAAACGCAGUGGGCAGACCAUGGCUUUUGUCAUGCAAUAUAAAACAGUGAGGAACAAAUAUUACUUUGAAAAUGCACCCCCAUUUGACAUUUCAGUUCCCCUAAUCUAACUUAGGAAGAUAGAUGCAAGUCUGUAAAACAGCUGUAUCCAAAUAAUCAUGUCUCUCUGUUUUUGGUGUGUUGAGGCUCGUGUUCUCUCUUACCCCCAAACCUGGAUAUCAUUGUCUCUGUCAGGAUCCCUUUCUUGUUAGUUUGGAUGUGUUUUUGUCUCUUUCUUAGUUUGCACUCCCAAACAGCUCCUCAGUGGGAGUAAAACAUUUGUGUUGAAUCCAUGCAUACUACCAAAAUAAAUGAGCUUCCUGAUGGCACAGUAAAGUACAGACAAAAAUCAAAAAGCAUGCACUAACACAAAAUUUUGUGUUAGGUUAGAAUUUUCAUGUUAGAAUGUUAAUUUUAUUAACAAAGCCGACCAGGAUCCACUAUGGGUGAGAAUACACUUGCUAUUGACGAGUAUCUCACACAAACACCAAAGACCUCAUAGUGCAUAAAAAUCUAAUGCAGAAAAAUGCUUUAUCACAUUAGUGUGCAUAUACAGCCGCUGUUUUUAUUUAUUUAUUUGUUUUUUAACAGUAUUUCUAAACCAGGUGGUAACCUGUAACAGCUUAUGAGAUUUCUCCUUAAUAUAACUAUUGGUAAAAGAAAACCACCAGGAGACACCAAGUUGAUCUUAAGACUUCACUAUUGCACUGGCUGCCACCUUUUUUUUUUUUAAGAUAGGCUAUUUCUUUUUUUUUUUGUCCUCUGUGCACUCACAGUAUUGAAUCAUGGAUUACCUAGUACUACUUGUUUUACAUCUUCCUAUGCAUUGAUUUUGCAAGGUAAUGUUUUAUAAAAAGAAAAGUAAUCUUACCUCUGGUCUGAAGCUUCUCUGUUCAGACUUGAGUACUGUCUGCAAAAACUGUCUUAAACUCUCUUUAACUCAACCCAGUAAAGCCUUCUUGUCCUGAAGUAGAUUGAAUAAAAAACAUGAGCUAUUUCAAUCUGAAACGUUCUCAAAUAACCUUCUCAGCCUUCUUCACAGUAACUGGUGUUGCUGCUGUGUAUGAUUGCUCUUUAAGGAUAUAGUAUGAGAAGUGUUUCUGUGUCUGUGUUAUUUUUGCUGUUGGAAGUGUCAGCACUGAGGCUGUUUACUUAGACAUUAGUGUCAAAUACAGGAGUAGAGCAUUUCUCUCCAGAUCAUGUUUACUCUCUCACAGUCAGAGCAGGACAGUCCUAGGAGACCUGCAUUAACAGCACACAGCUCCGACCGCAUAUAACAUUUCUGACCCCCAACACGCUAGUUAACCGCCUCUCUCUUUCACACAGGAGGUUAUUCCUCAGUGUUUCCGUCUGUCUGUGUUUUUGUUUUCUGUCAGUCUGCCAGCAUCUAUCCCACACUGCCGCUGAUUUCUUAUUUCACACUUCAUCUGAAAUUGGAAACAGCAGAUGAUCUGAUAGAGAGAUGAUAAGACUCCACACAUCCCCCGUCUCUCAGCAGUUUUCCUGUCCACGUUUUAUAAUCUCUGAGAUAAGGAGAAUUAUGUGCUGGCAGAAUAUUUAACUGCUCCAUCGGUGACAGUGAGGCUGGUGAUGGUGGUGUUAAGGGCAACACCAUUGUUAUUCAGAGACACACAAAAGCUGCAGACAAGCAGACAACAGGAUGACAGGGAGACGUCUGCCUGAGGGUCUGAAACUCUCUGUAAAUUAAGCUAUUGUGAAAUAUGCCCUGAAGACACUAAUACAGAGGGUUUAAGGAAUAUUCAUAAAUGACCUGUUUGAUAUGAUUAUUUAAGUUAAAAUCAUUGAGCACCCUUUUUAUGCUGCCAGUUUCAAAGUGCCUAUAUGUUUUGGUUUUCCAUGGCAGAGAUUGUCAAUCUAUUUGGUUGUUAAAAGCAGGAUUAGAUUUUUUUCGUUAAAAGAUAAGGCUUGCAAAUGCACAGGACAAAAUAAGAAAAGACAAAGAGGAGCAACUUCCACAGGUGAUCAACACAAACUUCAGCACAGGAGCUUUAAUUUAAACUUGUGAAAAUCUAUGACUGCUGUUAAAAAAGACAGAGCUGGAGCCUCAUCAGAGAACGUCUUUGGACAAGUUAGUCAACCGGUUAUAAGCUGUUGUGUUAUAUAUUUGUGUCCUUUGCAGCCACAUCCAUCAACACUGAGCCUUAUUGGAUAUAGCGCUCAUUUUGUCGCAGGGUUGGAUAGAAAUAGACGUCACACUUGGCUUAUGUGCAAAAUUCUAGUGUUUCCACAAAACUUCAUUCUUGUGUGUUUUUUAAAAACAUUUUUAUUUUGUGUUGUUCAUAACUCGGGUAUUGUUUCUUAAAAGAUUCAGGGCAGGAACACCAACUCCUUCAAACACCAGGCUGAAGUGAAGGACCUCGUCCUCUAGUUCAUCCUCGUCUUUGUUUAAUAAAGUGCUGGCAUACAUGGCCACCAACCCUGACGACUCACUCACUGCACUGUGGCCAAAACAGCACCACACAUGUCGUUUUCAUUUUUUUAAGAGUUAAAAAAGUUCACUCAUGAAGCUCUGAUGGCAGGAAAUGUUUUUCAUUAGGGUUAGACUUUUGACACAUUGGCUUAGAGGCCUUCAAGUAGAUUAUAUGAAUGUGAGGGAUUUCAUCUGUUCUGCCCGAGGUGUGCAAUAAUUCACUUGUUUUACCUCAUGUCUUCAUUUAAAUCUAGUGAUUUUUAAAUUUUCUGAUGUUGCAUCCAAAGGAAUUUAUGUCUUGGAGCCAAACAUGCACACUCUGUCGAAAAGUGAUUCUUUUGUUGCAAGUGCCAGUGGCUGUGAAAAUGCUUUAUAUUAAAUGUGACUUUUCCAUCCUCAGCGAAGUGGAGCUCCUACUGCUGGACGAGCGAGAGGUCUGGGUUGCUGAGGAGGGCUGGCUCAUCUUUGACCUGACCACCACCAGCAAUUUCUGGCUGUCCGAUCCAGAGCAGAACAUGGGCCUACAACUGGUCUUGGAGGACAGCCAUGGUUAGCAACCUGCACGGUGCAAAAUAAUAACAAAGCCAGAAUGCAGUCUUCGUUUGGAGGAAUAAUAGAAAGGAAUUUAAGACUUAUGCGCUUUCUCUCUCUAUCACCCCCUGUAGGACAGAGGAGGAACCCUCGACUGGCAGGUCUGGUGACAAGCAGUGGACCACAGGACAGGCAGCCCUUUAUGGUCGCUUUCCUCAGAGCAGAUGAGGUGCGUUUGCGCAGCAUCCGCUCUGCCCAUGGCCACAAAGGUCGCCACUCAAACCGCUCCAAACCUCAGAGGACUGUUCAAGAUGCUUUGAAGGCAGUGGAGGCUGCAACAGGUAGCUGAGCAUCUAAGCUUUUGUAUCAUUGUCAGUAUCACAUUGAUACAUAGAUACUAAUACUGGCAUGUUUGCAGUUUCAGAUAUCCUUGGCAUCUCAAAAGAGGGGUGUAAGAAACAUGAACUGUAUGUCAGCUUCAGGGAUCUCGGAUGGCAGGUAUACUUUGGGAAUUUUAUUUGAUUUCAUUUCGCUAUGCUUAUGUUUUUAAAAAGUGUCUUUUGAGUGACGUUUUCCUUUUGUUUCAUCCAAUCAGGACUGGAUCAUAGCACCAGAGGGCUAUGCAGCGUACUACUGCGAGGGAGAAUGUGCCUUUCCCCUCAACUCCUACAUGAACGCCACAAAUCACGCUAUUGUGCAAACUCUGGUAAGUCCUCAACAAUCCCAGAUGACAGACCCUUUCUCUACAACUGAAUCCACGUUUUGCAGUGAUUGAUUGGUGCAUCUUUUAUCCUCAGGUGCACUUUAUCAACCCAGAGACAGUACCAAAGCCCUGCUGUGCUCCCACUCAGCUCCACGGCAUCUCAGUGCUCUACUUCGAUGACAGCUCCAACGUCAUCCUAAAGAAGUACCGCAACAUGGUGGUUAGAGCCUGUGGAUGUCAUUGACUACUCAUACCAGCUCCUGUGAACUCGUUACAUCUUGAUGAAUUCAUCAUAAAAGACAAAGUCAAGGAGUAAAAGACAAGAAAUGAUUGACUGGCUGGUCCUAAGGGAGCUCCAAGCCUUCGUCUGGUGUACUUUUCAGAGCUUCCCACGCAGUAUUAACUAUUUCCAUGAACCAAUUAGAGC